AUGAGUCACGAGCUCACCCUCAUCGUCGCGGCGACGCGCAACAUGGGAAUCGGCGCCAAGGGCGGUCUCCCCUGGACGGGGCUCAAGAAGGAAAUGGCCUACUUUGCGCGCGUGACGAAGAGGCUCCCAUCCCAGGCCCCCCCGGACGCCCGCAACGCCGUCAUCAUGGGCCGUAAGACGUGGGAGAGCAUCCCCCCGAAGUUCCGCCCCCUCAAGGGCCGCCUCAACAUCGUCAUCAGCCGUUCUCACCCCGCCUGGGACCCGGCCUCGGCGCCCGCGGCGGCGGCGAUGCCAGACGCCGACAAAGAGCCCGUCAAGGUGGGCUCCCUGGAGCAGGCGCUCGCGUAUCUGCGCGCCGACGGCGUCGCCAGCCGGCUGGGCAGGGUGUUCGUCAUCGGCGGCGCGCAGAUCUACGACGCCGCGCUCCGGGCGCCCGAGGCGAGGAGGGUGCUGCUGACCAAGCCGGGUCUGGACGCCUGGGUCGGGGAGGAGGUCGAGGGGGGCGAGAUUGAGGAGAACGGGACGAAAUAUGAGUUCCAGAUUUGGGAGAGGGCUUGA